AUGGAUUUCGAAAGCCUGAAAUCCCAGGUCAGCAACCUGACCCUGUACGACCUCAAAGCUGGUGUACGCAAGGUUCAAAAUGCUGUGAUGAAUUUGACCGAGAUGGAAGCGAAGGUUCGAGAAGCCACGAACGGAGAUCCAUGGGGGGCAUCGGCGACGCUCAUGCAGGAGAUUGCUCAAGGCACACAAAACUAUCAACAAUUGAACGAGAUCAUGCCCAUGAUCUACAAAAGGUUCACCGACAAAACCGCAGAAGAAUGGAGACAGAUAUACAAGGCGCUCCAAUUGCUUGAAUAUCUCUGCAAGCAUGGUUCAGAACGAGUGAUCGAUGAUGCCAGAUCACACCUUUCCCUCCUCCGAAUGCUACGGCAAUUCCACUAUAUUGAUCAGAAUGGCAAGGACCAAGGCAUCAACGUCCGGAACAGAUCUGCAGAGCUUGUCAAGAUGCUGGGCGAUGUUGAUACAAUCCGGCAAGAAAGAAAGAAAGCCCGUGCAAACAGAAACAAAUAUGGAGGCGUCGAGGGUGGUGCUGGUUUAGGAGGCGGAUUUUCUAGUGGCAGUCGGUAUACCGGCUUUGGAAGUGAGUCUGCCAAUUUUGGCGGCUACCAGGGCGAGGUCUACGGUGAUGGUGGCGGCUUCGGUGGACGCGAGACCGAUUUCUCAGGCACCCAGCGCCGUGCAGAUCAAUUCGAAGAGUACGAUGAAGCCGACGAAGUGGAAGUGGCCAGACCUGCGAGAACCACCACCUCACGGACGACUCCAUCUGCACCACCCAAGCGAGAACCACCCAAGCCGAAAGCACCGGAGCAGGACCUAUUCGACUUCGGCAACGACGAACCGGCACCAUCCGUCUAUAAUGGCAAGGCGCCAGCUGCUCCGAGUGCCUUGGGAGACUUUGGUGCCGCGCAAGGUAGUGUCGCGGAAGAUGACGAUUUCGAUGACUUCCAGUCGGCGACAAGUCCAGCGGCAACACAGCCUGUGGCCAACCCGAUCGCUUCAAUCGCUCCUCCAGCAGCUACCACGUCUACAACAACGUCUUCCACUAGAUUUGCGGCCCCAACACCAUUGGCUCCUGGACAGGCAUCAAAUUUCAACACGAUCCUUUCGACUGCGUCUCCAGCGCCAUCGAAUACAUCGUCUCUAAUGUCGCCACCUCCAUCGACAUUUUCACCUCCACCAAUGCAGAAGCCUACGCAACCAAUGCAGCCUGUAGGAGGCUACAAACCCAGCGGACCCAACUAUUUCACCUCCGUUCCUAUGUCUCAGCCUUCCAUGUCGACUAACUCUACUCCGAUGGCAGCAGCUUCUCCUUCAUAUACAUCAUCGACAACUGCUGCAUCUCUGGGUAAGCCAACUGCAAAACCGGCAGCCAGCGAUGGCGUUGAUGCAUUUGGAUCACUCUGGUCUUCAGCUAGUAAUAAGGCUGGUGUGAAGAGCACCACUGCCACACAAAAAGGGCCUGACUUGGCAAGUAUGGCAAAAGCAAAGAGCCAGGCUGGAAUCUGGGGAGCCGCAUCAGCUGCCAGCUCGACCCCAAGACCCGGAUCGACUGCAUCAACUCCGAGUGCUGUUCAGGCAAAAUCAAACACACCUUUGGGAAACGGCCUCGAUGAUCUUCUUGGAUAG